AAUAUGCCACCUCUCGAUAAUUCCAUUUAAAUGAAGAAACUUAUGUACGAAUUCAUAAAACUCUUCACAUCUGGUCCUGUGUUACUGCAGCAAAAUACAUAAUGCCUUUGCCCCUUGAACCCUCCAUAGAUCAAGUCGAUCUCCCUGUAAUCGACAUCUCCGAAUUUCUGGAAGACUUAGAUGGUGAAGAUCUGAGCCAGCUUCGAGAUCAUCCCCUUCUCGCCAAACUUAGAAAGGCGUGCAAAGAAUGGGGACUUUUCUACCUUGUCAACCAUGGAAUUCCAGUAGAAAUUCUGGACAAGUCUCAGAAAGCUAGCCGAGAUUUGUUAUCCAUGCCGAUUGAGGUGAAGGACAGAGUAACAACUUCCAAGCCAAUCGAUAGUUACUAUCGAAGCCCUAACUUUGAGACAUUCGGUUUUCCUGAUACUACUAAGUCAGAUUCAAUAGCCCAAACGUGUUUAAAGAUAUGGCCAGAAGGGAAUGCGAAUUUCAGCGAGACAACGGAAAAAUACGCUGUGUGUGUGUCAAAGCUGUCAGAAAAAGUCACGAAAAUGAUUCUUCUAAGCCUGGGGUUGGAUGCCAAGGCUUUCUACCACUCUCACUUUGAAAAGUGCACAGCAAAAUUGCACAUAAACGGCUAUUCAUCGGAAAAAAAACUUAUCGGUGAGGAGACACUGCCUUCCCAUGCAGAUAGCGCGUGCCUCACAGUCCUUUAUCAAGAUGAUGUGGGAGGGCUUCAGAUUCGAUCUCAGGAGGGCGAGUGGUUCAACGUCAAACCUCUAUCUCAUUCAUUUGUUGUCAAUCUGGGGGACUCAUUCAAGGCGUGGACGAAUGGUGGAUACCGCAGCGCAGUGCAUCGCGUUGUUUGUAAAGGGUGGAUAAAUCGUAUGUCUAUUGCCUUCAUAACUACUUUUCCAAUGGAGAUGGAAAUCUGGGCGCCUGCGGAACUUGUUGACGACAACAAUCCAAGGCGUUACAAGCCUUUCCAAUACUCGCUUUUGAAGCAUGAAGUUCAAACUAAUAAAGAAAUUAAAGAUAGGACUACUUUUCUCGAACUAUUCGCCGGUAUAUGAUGAACAGUUUAGUUGGUGCAGUGCUCCGUUCAUAAAAUACGUUCUUGUUUAUCCGACGAUCAAAACCAUGAGGUCGUUGGUUUCAAUUUCCCAUUGAAAUUAAAUUGUGUCUACAAAUAAACGAUUCAGUUUCAAUGUA